AUGGGGAUGGAGAUGGAAACAAUGGAAUCCAAAUUCAAGAGGGUGUGUGUUUUCUGCGGGAGCAGCCCCGGGAAGAAGACCAGCUACAGAGAUGCUGCCAUCGAGCUCGGCCGAGAACUGGUGACGAGGAAUAUUGAUCUGGUGUACGGAGGCGGGAGUAUUGGCCUGAUGGGUCUCAUUUCUCAAGCCGUUUACGAAGGUGGCCGCCAUGUCAUCGGGGUUAUUCCCAAGACAUUAAUGCCUCAAGAGAUAACUGGAGUGACAGUGGGAGAAGUAAAAGCAGUUGCAGACAUGCACCAGAGGAAGGCAGAGAUGGCUCGCCAUUCUGAUGCCUUCAUUGCUUUACCUGGUGGCUACGGGACACUGGAAGAGCUUCUUGAAGUCAUAACUUGGGCCCAGCUAGGGAUCCAUGACAAGCCGGUGGGAUUAUUGAACGUGGAUGGGUAUUACAAUUCACUGUUGUCAUUCAUCGACGAAGCUGUGGAGGAAGGUUUCAUCAGCCCAAAUGCACGCCAUAUAAUUGUAUCUGCACCAAACGCCAAAGAUUUGGUCAAGAAAAUGGAGGAAUACUUGCCAAGGCAUGAGAAAGUUGCAUCGAAGCUAAGCUGGGAGAUUGAGCGAUUGGAGUUGGGUCAUUCUACGAAAUGCGAUAUCUCUCGAUGA